GGGGAGGGUAGAAGUUAAGAAGUCAGCUCUCUGCCAUUGUUCUUGUUCUGGAAGUCUGAGAACGGGACGGGCACGGCGCUCGUCGGGUACCGGACGGCGGUCUGUCGUUAUGACGGGCUCCGGUCCGAAGCUCGGGGUGCUCUUGCUGCUGGCGAUUCUGCUGCAGACUGUGGUCGUCACCAUCACCGUGCUGCACUUCACCACGGCUCUCAAUUCGAUGAAGGAGACGUUUGCCAGGAGCAGCGUUUCCUGCCUAAUGGGCGCCGACCUGCAGAGCAUUACUGCUGUUCGGGGGGAUCCGUGCUGGCAGGUCACUCAGCAGCUUCACCUGCUCAUUGAGAAGUCUCUGUCUCAGCGUUACCAGAAGCAGAUUUCGUCGGCAGUCAGAGAUGAAGUUUCUCGGGUGUUGCCCUCGCUUGUGAUAGUAGACAGGUCUUCACCGCGCCCCAAAGUGGCAGCGCACGUCACGGGAAGCUUUGUGCCCAAACUGGAGCGAGAGGGAGCUCCGGUCUCCGCUGGGCGUCGAGUUCAGGGCCAGAAGAUCUCGUGGUGGGAGGGGCAGAAGGGGCUGGCCUUCCUCCAGGACGUCCAGCUGGUGGACGGGGAGCUGGUGGUGCCGCUGCCCGGCCUCUACUACGUCUACGCCCAGACGUACUUCAGAAACACCCACUCCCUGGAGGAGGAGGGCGAGGACGGUGAGGAGGCGGAGGACAGAGGGAGACCCCUGCUGCAGUACGUCUAUAAAAAGGUGAGCUCCUACCCAGUUCCCUUCCUACUGAUGAAGACGAGCCGAACCUCCUGCUGGUCCCGGGGCUCCCAGUUUUCCCUGCAUUCUGCCCACCAGGGCGGGCUGUUCCCGCUCAGCACCGGCGACCGCCUGUUUGUCACAGUCACCAACGCCUCUGCUGUGGACAUGGACGAGAAGAGCAGCUUCUUUGGGGCGUUUCUCAUCAGCUAGACACUCAGAACUCUGGAUGAGCGAUGGACCAACGUCACGUUCUCAACGUCUGAUGACACUUCAGCCUCGAGACUUCUCCUUAAGAUGAACACAAAUGAUAAAAGUCACGGAGAAGUCUCUGUUUUCAGGAUCACAAACCAAAAUAAAUUUGACAACACUGGUUUCACGUGCGGUGCGGUGUGUGUGUGUGUGUGUGUGUGUGUGCGUGUGCGUGUGUGUGUGUGUGUGAGGGGAUUUCUGUUGUACAAACAUGUCUUUAGGGUACACUCACGAGUUUAAAGGUUAGUUUAGAUCUUCUGGUCUUGAAUAGACAGAAUAUACACAGAAGUAUAGACCCUACUUUAGGCUUUGGUUGUGGUCAGCUAACCUACGCUGCUCUGAGCGUUCAGUGUGUAACAUCUAGUGACAGUCGACCACAUGUAGAAAUGUAAAGUUCAGUUUUAGAGGUUUUUUUAAAUUGUCUUGUAAUUCAACUCACAAAUUCACAAACACUCCUUUAACAGCUCACAGAUUCUUCACCAGGGGGAGCUGUUUUGUUCUUCAUGAAGAGCUGAGAUACACACGUGCCACCCUGCACCACCUACAGGAGAGGGACGGAGCAGCAGCGUAGACCUUUCGGCAAAACAUUACACUCAAUACGUUAUAUUUCUAAAGCACAUGUCUGAAAAACUGAGUCUGCCUCAGAGAAUUGAGUGUAUAAAUCUUUAAUCGGGCUGAACAUCAGUGACGAUCUGAGUUCCUGCAUGUGUUUGUGUGAAGAUGUAAAUAUUGUGCUAUAUUUUGUGUUUUUAUUUUUCUAAUAAGUCUGCAAAUUCUG